AUGCUGUCGGAGAGCUGCAAUGUGCAGUCACUGUACGAGCUGAACCUGGAUUGCAUGGAGUGGCGGCAGCUGCACCCAGCUGGCCUGUCACCACUGGCCUGCGACAAGCUCGUCAGCUGGUGCUACGACAACGCGUUCUACGUGUUCGGCGGGUUCGGGCCGUGGCCGGAGCACGUGACCGACUACACGGGCGUGACGUUCACGGUGGACCCGCGCGCCGGCGACCGGCGCGGCUGGAAUAACCAGCUGGUGCGCCGGCUCUUCGUCUUCGGCGGCCGCAUGGGCCACCGGCUGAACGACCUGCACUGCCUGGACCUGGACACGGCGCACUGGACGCACCUGGAGGCGGCCGACCCGGCGGCGCCGCUGCCGCAGGGCCGCUCCUGGCACAGCGUGACGCCGCUGCUGGACGACCAGCUGCUCAUCUACGGCGGCUUCAACGACAUGGACGAGCCGCUCGACGACCCGUGGGUGUACGAGGUGGACGCAGCACGCUGGCGAUCCGUGCACUCCUGGCUGCCGGCGCCGGCCGUGCGCAUGUGGCACACAGCGGCUGCUGCCGCGCCCGGCGAGGUGCACGUGCUAGGCGGCCUCGAAACCAGCAUCUUCGCCCGCCGGCCCGCGCACUUCGCCUCACGCGUGGUGGUCAUCCAGCGCACGCCAAAGUCCCUUCUCAGGUGA